CGAUAGUUGGUCCUCAACAGCACCACAUAUUAGCCGCACUACGCAGUCCAACUGCAUGAAGUCUUUGGCUGAUCCUGGAUACCGUCCUUUGCCCUUCCCUUCAAUUCCCUUUUUUUUCUUUGCCCCCCCUAAGAAAAGAUCGCCACGCUCAAGACUCAACUAGAAGAUCAAAAAAGGCUCUGACGAACGGACACGGGCCCCAACUGGCUUGCAGAAGCCCACACCAAACCGUUCGCGUCCAUGUUUGCGGUUAACCUUCCCGGGUUUGCUACCACCGCUCGCCUACGCCAACAACCUGCCUCGUAUCUUCGCUCGAAACCACUCCCAGCACACUCCCGCCCACAUCUACUCGGCAACAACAACAACAACAUUACAAAAUCACUGUCCCUAAUAGGGCAAGUACCAUCAUAAGCACAGGCAAAGGUACAGGCACAGGCAACAUAUACAGGUUACCUCCAAUACCGCGCUUCGGCUGUCCGUGGUACAUGCCCUGGGGCUAUUGCGCUCCAGCGCUUUAUGGGACGGGGAACAAACCCGCCAAAGUAAUUGGGAUUCAACAUCUCCCCGGAAUUCCGGCCUCCAGCCACCCAAGACCAUUCACGCUACACAACCUUGGCAUCGCCCGAACGAGGUGCGUCGGGGGGGGAGAAGGAGCGCUGAGCGCUAGACACUGAACGCCGUCUUCCGAGCCUUGGCUCCGUUCUUUGCGAGUACUAGCAAUUGUUUCCGCCUUUGCAAGCGGGCCUCGCUCGGUGCCGCCCCAAUCCAUCACCUGCAAUACGAUAGGAGAAGAGGACGCAGACAAACCCCCUCACCGCAUGCCCAUGCCCAUUCAUGUCCUCAGAGGAUAUCCACCUCAUUGGAGACUCCGUCUAACCAUUAAUCUACCCAUUUUCUCAAUUCCGAUUCUGCGCUGUUCCGGCAACCUGCGGUCAAGGGAGAAACGUUGCGAGCUGGAGGAACUGCGGACAAGGAACAAACCCGAGCUAGUGAAACCGCUAUCAACGACUCUCAAUUGGGUCGGGUCUGACAACGACGCCAACGAACUCAAGACCACCUAUUUCUUCACAUCCAAGGUAUCUCGACACCCUAUAUAUCACCAUCGUUAAAUAUUCACCCGACGCAUCUACUGCUGCCAUCAUAUGGUUCCAGAAACUCCGUUCGUGGUAUGAACAUCGAUUUUGACCAGCCGCAAGAAUCACCAGGUUCAGAAAGGGAGACAACCAAUAUGGCAAGCCUGGGACGUUCGUUCAAGCCACCGGCCUACUUGCGGGCGAGACGACCGGCCAUGCCUGGAAGGACUUUGUCUAAUUCUUCAGACAUCUCGGUUGCCACGACGGGGUCUCGCUCCGACGACCAUUGCGACCUACUCAUGUCUGGGCUAAACACGCCGGCUCACGAGCAGCCAGGACCAGCUGGGUUCGAGAUGCCAUCGCACCACGAGUUUCGUUCUCCCAGAGGCGAAACUUCCGCGCCAUGUCAACUCGAUUUGUCUUCCCUCCAGUCUGCCCGAUACAACCGCACUCGUCCAGUUGCCAUUGAUUUACCUCCUACCACUAUUCGAAAAACAAAUUCGGCGCCCACCUGCACACCCACACCGCCCGAGCCUUUGUCCGGCCGUGGCGACGUUCCUGGUGGUUACUUCCCAUUUCACGAAGACCUCAAGAAUCGCAUUCACCGCCCACACCCCUUUCAGGCUCAAGCCGAUUUUGGUCACCCUAGGCACUCCUCUACCUCUGUUACCAUCGAUUCCCCGUCGAAAACCGAUCAACGCGCAGCUUCUCUUUCCGCGGCCAUGGCGCCGUCCGUCCACUUGCCUCCUUUGAGGGCCAUCGGCUCUUCCGAUCCGUCCACCGUCAACACGCCCGUCGCGUCCUACCUCCCCAGCGGCGUUCGUGAUACCCCUUUGCCAAUGGGUAAAUACUAUCCGUCCAACUACGAGCAACAAAACACACACGGUCCGCGAAUAGGACCAUCUGGGCCUCCGACUCGUGUCUCAUCGACAAGAUCCGAGGGCCAUAUACCUUCGCGAGAGACUUUCAGGGCAUCCUCCAGACAAGACUCCGAAGCUCGUCGUAAACUCCAACAAUACCAACGAGACAUGAUCGCGCAGGCAAGAUUGGCGGCCAGUGAAGUGCUCGGGAGUUCGCCCAAUCAAAUCAAUGCACCAAGUUCCACAAUUACGUUGAAUGGGGUACCCUUCACGAACUUUCAUCACAUCGGAACCACCGGCGUCCACAAGCCCAUAUCGCCAAGACUCUUGCCAUUGGGAAGUCCAGGUCCCGUUACGCCGAUGGACUUGGAGAGUGAGCAGAGCGGGUACAUUGAUCGGGGUUGUAAUGACGAAAUUGCCCGGGUGUUACGGGCCGAGGAGCAACGGUUACGCCGAGAAGGCGCAACCUCUCCGGCGGUGGAAACGGGGCCGCAGGCUUUUUGAGUGGCGAGAGGCGUUAGGGAUGUUGUGGUGCAAUAUUUGGGUUUCCCAUUGUUACGAUAGACUGUUAAAUGGAGAGAGUAGUGGCAAGAUGAGGAAGACAAACUGAAGGGGGUCUGGUGGGGAAGGCCACUUGGUCGAGAGACAAUUGGUUCAUGGUUAUGAUACCCAUUAUGAUUACCACAGCAAGCAUAGCUUGUUUGUGUUCUCUUUUUUCUUUCUUUUUUUAACCUAUGGAGUUUUCCCUUCCCAUUUAGAGUCCCCUCCCCCCCUUUCUUUCUUUUGGUUCGUGGGUGGCGGGAGAGAGCAGGGGAUAGAAGCAAAAAAAAUAAUCAGGCCCGGCUUUCGGUUGAUCAUGGCCCCGGAGUCGGCUCAGUUUGGAUAAACAGCAUGAACGAUGGUCUUCUCACAUUCGUUAUAUUUUUGUUGUUGGAUGGGGGUGUGGCACUGUCACUAUUGCCUCCCUGUGUAUGCAUUGAUUC